UCUUGACCGGUGGCGGCCGACGACCCUCCGCCGUACGGCCGGCGUACGACCGGCGAGUCACGGCCGUCAAACCCUCUCUCUCUCUCUCUCUCUCAACAACCGCAAGCACAGGCUUAAAUUCGUCUCUCUCCUUCUCGCUUCCUAUCCUUCAUCAUCAGCAUCUCCUUCUACCCCUGUCUCUCAGCUCCCCUCAUCUCGUCGACCUCCCACGGCAGCGACCCUGUCUGUGGAGCCGCCGGUCUUGCCGGCCGGAGAUCACCCCUCUGGAGCCGCCGUCUUGAAGUCGCCGCUCGUUUGGAGCCCCCGCUGACGAAGCCGUCUUCCGGUGCGUUGCUGCCUUAAGUGGCCGCGUGGGGGUCGUCGGUCGUGUGGCGGUCCGCCGAUGAUCUGCAGUUGCUGGUCGUCCGGAGCGAGCGAAAAGAGCGACGCUCCGUGCUUGGCUCCGUUGCCUGAUGAUGGCAAUAUCGAAUUGAGUUGCAGAGACAGAGGGAGAAUGGAUCCUAAAGUGUAUGAGGCUGCAAGAUCAGGAGACUCUGAUUACCUGAAAAUCAUUUCAGAAGAUGAAGAGGCCCUUUUCCACCAAACAACGCCGAAGGACAACAACAUUCUUCACGUUGCUGCUCAAUACAAGCAGGUGAAUUUCAUCGAACAUCUCCUUCAAUGUCCAUGGGGACCGUCCCUUCUUUGGCAGGGUAACUGCAGAGGAGACACUCCCCUACACGUUGCUGCCAAAUUGGGAAGCUACAGAGCGGUUCGAGUCUUCAUUGAUCUGGCAAAAUCACUGCAUUGGGUCGUUGAAAAAGAACAAGUUGACGCAUGCAAAGAGCUGCUUCGAAAGCCGAAUUUGCAUAAGGAUACCGCGCUGCACUAUGCAGUAAGAGGAGGCCAUCAUUGGGUGGUGAAGUUGCUGAUUGAAGAAGAUCGUCACCUAUGCAAUAUUACUAAUGCUGCUGAUGAGUCCCCGCUUUAUCUUGCAGCAAAUAGAGGACUUUCUCAUACCACUGAGCUGAUUUUAGGUGCUUUUUCGUCGUCGUCCUCUCAUAAGGGCCCUAAGGGAUUGACAGCUCUGCAUACCGCAAUGUAUUGCUCACUGACCAGUUGGUGGAAAAUUGCGGAGGAGAGACCAGAAGUAAUCACAGAAGGAGAUGAUAUGGGGUGGACUCCUCUUCAUUAUGUCUCUUGCAUCGGCAAAGUGAAAGAAGUUCGACUGCUCCUGCAACACGACGCUUCUGCGGCAUACGACUUAGACAAAGAGGGGCAAUCGGCUCUUCACAUUGCAGCCUUUCAGGGCCACGUCAAUGUCAUUGAUGAGCUUUUUAGAUCCUGUCCUGAUGCUUGUGACAUAAUAAACACCAAAGGGCAAACGGCUCUACAUGCAGCUGUUAUUGGUGGACAAGUAAAUGCUGUCAAGUACAUGCUAAGGAUGCCAAACCUGGAGGAUCUUGUCAACGAACAAGACACUGAUGGAAACACGGCUCUGCAUUUGGCUGCGCUUCAUAGACAACACAACCUCAUCUACAUACUUGCACGAGACAAGAGGGUGGACCGUUUGGCUGCAAAUAAGGAUCAUUUGACCGCCCUUGACAUUUUUUCUGCUCAUGAGGAGGUCGGCUACCAAGCUGCAAAAGUUUAUCAUGUGUUGAAAGGAUCUCAUGGAAUGCCGUUUUAUCAAGACUGGGUUGUCGAGCAUGUUAAGAAGAGGUUAGACGAGCAAUCUGUUAAGGGUCGACCAGCUGCGUCUAUGAUUGCAGGAAGUAAUACCUCCAACCCAGAAAAUUUUGAUUCCUCAAAAAGAAGCAUCAUCGACCUUCAACUGCUAGUGGCAGUGCUAAUAGCAACAGUCACCUUUGCCGCCUCCUUCACGAUGCCCGGAGGUUAUCACCAGGCCGGACCGGACCAAGGAAUGGCGGUUCUUGCUGGCAGGGCAGCAUUUAAAGCCUUUGUGAUUUCUAACGUCACAGCGUUCGGUUUCUCAAUCCUGGCAUUGUUCUUACAAUUCGAUACUUGUUUCGUGAGCGAUAGGCUACGGGUAAGAUACGCCAAGGUCGCGUCGUACAGCAUGUACGUCGCGAUACUCGCGAUGGUGCUGGCCUUUGCUUGUGGUACGUAUGUUGUAUUGUGCAGAAACACCGGGCUGGGAAUCGUUCCUUUCGUGGUGUCCGGAUGUCUCGUGACCAUGUACGUCAUCGGCGGUUUCCUCGACCCUGAAGCUCCUUUCUGGUGGCUAAGUAGCUCUCCCAGAAGAUACGUCCGAAACUUGUUGUUUGAUUAUGGGAUACUCUAGGAAAGCUGCUAGUGAGUUGAAGACUUUUUCCUGUAUGUUAAGAUGUACAACGCGAUUGCGUCACGGUCAGC